AUGGAUCGUGGGCUUCCUUGUCAAGCUGCCAAUAGCAAUGGGGCCAGUGGAGCUGUGGAAACCAGCAGAGGGGCACUUCAAAAUACCAAGGGCGUGCUCCGAACACCAGCAGGCUCCGGCUAUGGGACUUGGAGAAAACCACUUUUUAGCUCGGAGCAUGUGUUAGCAUCAGACAAGCCCACUUAUCGCUUAGUGACUUCCACAUCCAUCAUUCACUUAGUGACUGCUUUUGGAAACAGCUGCCAGCGAGAGGGACGGCGAUCGCCCUUCGCCCAGAUCACCCGCUGUAUCUGGAGCCAGGCAGGGAGGGGAGCAGGAGACCUCAGGAGAAGGGCUGGGGUAGAUCAGCCUUUCGACACCGGCGGGGGCAGCCCCAGCCCCGUCCGCAGGCACCGGCCCAGCCCAGCGGCUGCAGCGCUGGGGCCGGGCCGCUGGCAGACCCCGCCAAAUAAGGCGCUGGCGGGCGGCACGGAUGGGAGCGGGAAGGAAGCGGCCUGUGCCGGCCGCCGCCUCCCGCCGGUGGUGCCCGGGGAAGGGGCAGCACUCGGCUGGGAAAGUUUCGGGCGGCUUCCCGGCAGUGCGGGCGAGGGCGGGUGUCCAGAGGGGGAAGGUGCCUUCCGCGGGAAGCGGGCGCUGAAGACUAAUUUCAGAUUAUUCACAUGUGCUGGUGUCCUCUGUUGCUUGAUAUGGAAUGGAUUUGCCCAGCAGGGUGGAAGCGACUGCAUAAAAGCUAAUGCCAAGUCAUGUGGGGAAUGUAUACAAGCGGGACCAAACUGUGGCUGGUGUAAAAAAACAGACUUUUUGCAAGAAGGAGAGCCAACAUCUGCCCGGUGUGAUGACUUGGCAGCACUGAAGAGUAAAGGCUGCCCUCUGGAAGAUAUAGAAAAUCCCAGAGGCAACAAACAGCUGCUCGAAAAUAGAGAAGUAACAAAUCGUAAGAAAGGUGCUGCAGAGAAGCUGAGACCAGAAGCCAUUACACAAAUUCAGCCACAGAAAUUAUCACUGCUUCUAAGAGUCGGAGAACCCCAGACAUUUUCAUUAAAAUUCAAGAGAGCUGAAGACUACCCCAUUGACCUUUAUUAUCUUAUGGACCUCUCCUACUCUAUGAAAGAUGAUUUAGAGAAUGUGAAAAGUCUCGGAACCGCUCUGAUGUUAGAGAUGGAAAAAAUAACUUCAGACUUUCGGAUUGGCUUUGGCUCUUUUGUGGAGAAAACUGUGAUGCCUUAUAUAAGUACAACCCCAGCCAAACUCAGAAAUCCUUGCACAGGGGACCAGAACUGUACAAGUCCAUUUAGCUAUAAAAAUGUACUCAGCCUUACCAGUGAAGGAAACAAAUUCAAUGAACUUGUAGGUAAACAGCACAUUUCUGGGAACUUAGAUUCUCCUGAAGGUGGAUUUGAUGCAAUAAUGCAGGUUGCAGUUUGUGGGGAACAAAUUGGCUGGAGGAAUGUUACAAGGCUAUUAGUGUUUUCCACGGAUGCUGGAUUCCACUUCGCAGGAGAUGGUAAACUUGGUGGAAUUGUUCUGCCAAAUGAUGGGAAAUGUCAUCUGGAAAAUAAUGUGUACACAAUGAGCCACUAUUACGAUUAUCCCUCUAUUGCUCAUCUGGUACAGAAACUCAGUGAGAACAAUAUUCAGACAAUAUUUGCUGUUACUGAAGAGUUUCAAGCAGUCUAUAAGGAACUGAAAAAUCUGAUACCAAAAUCAGCAGUGGGGACAUUGUCUUCAAAUUCCAGCAAUGUGAUUCAGCUGAUCAUUGAUGCAUACAAUUCCCUUUCUUCAGAGGUUAUCCUGGAAAAUACUAAGCUACCAAAAGGAGUGACAAUCAGUUACAAAUCUUUCUGCAAGAAUGGAGUGAAUGGCACACAAGAAGAAGGAAGGAAGUGUUCUAACAUUUCAAUUGGAGAUGAGGUUAUAUUUGAGAUUAAUAUAACAGCUAAUGAAUGUCCAAAGAAAGAACAAAAUGAAACUAUUAAAAUUAAACCACUGGGAUUCACUGAAGAACUGGAAAUUAAUCUCCAGUUCAUCUGUGAGUGUCAGUGUCAAAGUGAAGGAGAACCUAAUAGUCCAGCCUGCCAUGCAGGAAAUGGAACAUUUGAAUGUGGUGCGUGCAGAUGUAAUGAAGGACGUAUUGGAAGACUAUGUGAAUGUAGCACAGAUGAAGUAAAUAGUGAGGAUAUGGAUGCUUACUGCAGGAGGGAGAACAGCACAGAAAUCUGCAGUAACAAUGGAGAAUGUAUUUGUGGACAAUGCGUGUGCAAGAAAAGGGAAAACACCAAUGAGGUGUAUUCUGGCAAAUACUGUGAAUGUGACAACUUCAACUGUGAUCGAUCAAAUGGUUUAAUCUGUGGAGGAAAUGGGAUCUGUAAGUGCAGAGUGUGCGAGUGUUUCCCCAACUUCACUGGCAGCGCCUGCGACUGUUCCUUGGAUACUGCACCGUGUAUGGCAUCGAAUGGGCAGAUUUGCAAUGGAAGAGGAACCUGUGAAUGUGGCACCUGUAACUGUACAGAUCCCAAAUUCCAAGGCCCCACAUGUGAAAUGUGUCAGACUUGUGUCGGUGUCUGUGCAGAGCACAAGGACUGUGUUCAGUGCAGAGCUUUUGAUAAGGGCGAGAAGAAGGAGACGUGUUCCCAGGAAUGUAUGCAUUUCAACAUGACGCGCGUGGAGAGCCGGGACAAGCUGCCGCAGCCCGGCCAGCCCGAUCCCCUGUCUCACUGCAAAGAGAAGGAUGUUGAUGACUGCUGGUUCUACUUCACUUACUCUGUCAACUCAAAUGGUGAAGCCAAUGUCCACGUGGUGGAGACCCCAGAGUGCCCCAGCGGUCCUGACAUCAUUCCCAUUGUAGCUGGUGUGGUUGCUGGAAUUGUUCUUAUUGGACUUGCAUUAUUGUUGAUUUGGAAACUACUAAUGAUCAUUCAUGACAGAAGAGAAUUUGCUAAAUUUGAAAAGGAGAAAAUGAAUGCCAAGUGGGAUACGGGUGAAAAUCCUAUUUACAAGAGUGCAGUGACAACUGUGGUCAAUCCUAAAUAUGAGGGAAAAUGAACACUGCUUGUAUAACUUCACAACACUGUAUGCAGUAUAGCAACUUUUGUAGUCACAAUAAGAUAGAUUUAGGGCAAACUGCAGUGAUUUACUAAUUCAUUACAUAUAGGUUUGUUUUCCUGUGUGAAAAUGUACCAUAUGUAAUUUUUUUUUUUAAUUUUUUUAAUUUUUUUUUUCUUUUGGUUUGUUUUUUUGUUUUGUUUUGGGUUUUUUUUGCAAAUAAGAGUACUUGGUGCCAGAGGUUGGACAAAAAAACUUGAGACUAUGUAGCCUAGUCAGCCCAGGAUCACAUGGUGCCUUUCUGACCUUUCCCAUUCCCAUGCUGUGAAUCCAGGUCUUGUGCAGGGCGUGAUGCUGCAUGGCAUGACUGGGAGGGAAGGGGUUAAAGCAAUCAGCAUGAGGGCUCUGCCUAGCCAUUUAGUAUUAAACUUUUUAGCUUUACAGGGAAAUCAGGGCUUGAGUUUGCAGAUGUAAUUAAACUCAUGUAGCAUGGAGCUGGUGGUUAAUUGGUCUUUGAUGUGCUAGAUGUAUGAUUAAGUAUUUGGUAAGUUGAGUGAGCUGGAAGGGAGCAGUGUAAAAGACUGAAAAGCGAGUGCAGACUUACCUUUGAUUUUCAAGUUGCCUAUUGCCAGGUUAUGGUUAAAAUGAAAGGUUUUGAGAAGAAUGUUAAGAAGGAAAAAAAUAGCUUUAAAACAUGUGCCAUUACUGAAGAAGUUGCUGACCAGUAACUUGCUUAGUUUUUCUUUGUAAAUUCAAGCCCUGGGUGGCAGUAUCAUGAAGUACCUUACCAAGACAUCCUCAGAUCACCUAAGGGCCUUACGUGAUGCUGUGUCUUUAUUCUGUAAUGUUUCUUUGCUUUCAAGCCUGGUGCUUUGUCACCUUCUAAUCUUCCUAACGUAUUUGGUUGCGAUACUUUUUGUAAUAUUUUUGUAUCAACACAAGCUUUUUUUCCUUGGGUUUUUUUUUUUGAGCAGUCUUAGCUGUAAAUUUGCCUUUACCCUGUAGCUAAGAUUGCAUAGUUUGUCAUAUGACGAGUCACACAUCAUUCUUGACAUGUGCCAUGUAUAUUUGCCUCUGACCAUUCAAACUGCAUCAUAGUCAUAUUCUUGUUUUAAGUGCCUUUUUAUUUUAACAGAUGUUCACUUUUUACAGUGCUAUUACUGAAGUUAUUUAUUAAAUAAAAGUACCUUAAAAUA